AGUGUGGACAGGGCUAGGCUGAGCUGGGCUAUGUUGAGGACAUAGAAUGUCUCAGUGAAGACUGUUUCCCAAGCUAACUGGAUUAGGAGCUGGAACAUACUGGACCUGUUUGUCUUUACUAACUAAAGACAGAGUUUUAAUUGAGGGCAUGCUGGAAGAGAGAAAAGAGAGAAACAAAUAGAGAGUCAACACCAGAGAAUUGUUGGAGCAGAGACCCACGUAAAGACUGAUCUCUAGCCCAGCUCCCCUCACUCUCCCCGGGAUCGGUAUGGUGGGACUCCCCUUGCCUCUGACCUCCAACAUUGAGGUGGUAUGAGUCUGCUGUGUGGGUCCGGUUCAGCUCGGUUAAGUUCCACUUAGUUCGGUUUGACUCGGUUCUGUUUGGCUUGCUUAGACUGGCUGUCUAUAGCACUUACCCAUACCCCUGCUCCAUUUUCAGGUUCUGUGUCUCUGGAACCCCUGACCCAUAACCCCUGACCGUAGGACAGGUGCUGGUCCAGUUUUGCAAAAUUACUGGACUGAACAGACAUCUGUUUGACAAUAUUUCAAUAAUUUUUUAUUUUCUGGAAACUCUACCCCUGAUCUGGGACUGAUCCUGGUUCUGCUGACAUCUAUUCUGUGUUCCGGAGGACUGGUUCUUCAGGGACCUGUCUGGCCUCUCUCUCCCCAGGAUCAUGGCCUCUUUCUGGGGCAUGGUGGUGUUGCUGUGUGGGAUGGUGGUUAUUUCUGGAGCACAGAAGACGAAGAGCAAUAUGCCCAGGCUAAAGCUCUCUUAUAAAGAGAUGUUGGAGUCCAAUAACUUGGUGACAUUUGAGGGCCUGGCCAAUAGCUCAGCUUACCACACAUUCCUUUUGGAUGAGGAGAAGGGUCGUCUGGUGGUGGGAGCCAAGGACCACAUAUUCUCCUUCAACCUGCUCAACAUCAGCAGAGACCUGGCACAGAUCCCGUGGCCUGCAUCCACCUCCAGAAGAGAUGAGUGUAAAUGGGCAGGGAAGGACCUCAUGAGGGAAUGCGCUAACUUCAUCAAGGUGUUGCAGCCUUUUAACCAGACCCAUCUGUAUGUAUGUGGAACCGGAGCCUUCCACCCUGUCUGCGCCUACUUGGAGGUGGGGAAGAAACUAGAGGACAGUGUGUUCAGGCUGGAGCCCCUGAUAGAGAACGGUCGGGGGAAGAGCCCUUAUGACCCCAAGCUGCUCACAGCGUCCAUGCUCAUCGAUGGCGAGCUGUAUUCUGGGACGUCAGCGGACUUCAUGGGGCGGGAUUUUGCCAUCUUCCGUACGUUGGGACAGCAUCACCCCAUUAGAACUGAGCAACACGACUCCCGCUGGCUGAAUGAUCCCAGGUUUGUGAGUGUCCAUCUGAUCCCAGAGAGUGACAACCCAGAGGACGACAAGAUCUACCUGUUCUUCAGAGAGAACGCUAUGGAUGGGGAACACGCAGGGAAGGCUACACACGCACGCAUCGGACAGCUCUGCAAGAAUGACUUUGGAGGCCACAGGAGUUUGGUGAAUAAGUGGACUACUUUCCUGAAGGCCAGACUGGUGUGUUCUGUACCUGGCCUCAAUGGCAUAGACACACACUUUGACGAACUACAGGAUGUGUUUCUGAUGAGCGCUAAGGAUCCCAAGAACCCCACCAUCUAUGCAGUGUUCACUACAUCCAGUAACAUCUUCAAGGGCUCAGCAGUGUGUUUGUACAGCAUGGCAGACAUCAGAAGGGUGUUUCUAGGUCCCUAUGCCCACAGGGACGGCCCUAACUAUCAGUGGGUUCCCUUCCCCGGAAGGGUACCGUACCCACGACCUGGCACGUGCCCCAGCAAGACAUUCGGAGGAUUUGAUUCAACAAAGGACUUGCCUGAUGAUGUCAUAACAUUUGCGAGAGGACACCCAGCGAUGUUUAACCCCAUCUAUCCCAUCAACAACCGACCAAUCAUAGUCAAGACAGACACGGACUACCAGUUCACACAGAUAGUGGUGGACAAAGUGGAGGCUGAGGACGGACAGUAUGACGUCAUGUUCAUAGGCACAGACAUGGGUAAAGUGCUGAAGGUGGUGUCCAUCCCCAGAGGGUCCUGGCAUGACCUGGAAGAGGUUCUACUGGAGGAGAUGACUGUGUUCAGGGAGCCAACUGCUAUUACAGCGAUGGAACUCUCCACGAAGCAGCAACAGUUGUACCUAGGCUCAGAGCUGGGCAUAUCCCAGAUGCCUUUGCAUCGCUGUGAGGUGUACGGGAAGGCGUGUGCUGAGUGCUGUCUAGCUAGAGACCCUUACUGUGCCUGGGAUGGGACCGAGUGCUCACGAUACUUUCCCAUGGCCAAGAGGAGGACAAGGAGACAGGACAUCAGGAAUGGAGACCCUUUAACCCAGUGUUCAGACCUGCAGCAUCAUGAUAACCUGAAUGUGCAGCCCACGGUGCUGGAUAAGACAGUGUAUGCAGUGGAGAACAGCAGUACGUUUCUGGAGUGUAGCCCCAAGUCCCAGAGAGCACUCACCUACUGGCAGUACCAACAAGUCAACGACGACAGGAGACAAGACAUCAAAGCAGAGGAUCGUUUUGUCCGUACGGAGCAGGGCCUGCUGAUCCGCAUAUUGAACAAAAAGGAUUCUGGGACUUAUGUGUGCCAGGCUGUGGAACACGGCUUCAUGCAGACGCUCCUAAGGGUCACCCUGGAAGUCAUCGACACUGAACGCCUCGACGAGCUCAUUCACCGUGAUGACGAAACCGCCACACACACCGCUGCCACACACACCACCUCCUGGGACACGCCCCCAGCCCGGGAAUCGUCCAAUCAGAAGCUAUGGUACCGUGACUUCCUGUCAUUAGUGAACCACCCGACCCUGAACAGCGUGGAUGAGUUCUGUGAGCAGGUGUGGAAGAGGGAAAAGAAGCAGAGGAGGCAGAAAGCACACCUAUCCCAACAGGUCCAGCUACACCAGCAGCAGCAGGGCCUCGUGCACGCUCACACCCACGUGAACGCCCAUGGGCUUGCGGCCAAGUGGAAACACCUGCAGGAGAGGCAGAAAGGCCGCAACCGUCGGACCCACGAACUGGAGAGAGCCCCCCGCAGCGUCUGACCUCGCACCGACUAAAUCCCAUGACCCCGCCUGACCCCCAACCCCUAAUCCAUGUACACUGUCCUCAUCCUCAGAUCCCCCCUGAACCUCCUCCCCUGCCUCAUCUCUCCUUACAGAGAUAAAGAUUCGUUCCACACUGACUUUGUACAGAGAAUCUCAACUGGAAACAAAGGCAAUAUCCCGCCCUGGUCUGUGUGUGUAGGCUGCGUGGCCACCCAUGUUUACAGUGACACGGCACAGAGACAAAGGAUGUUACAGGACACCAGGUGAUACAGUACUAUUCUAUAAUCUCAGCUGGCCUCUGUAGCCCCAGCAUCAUGGAGGGACAGUGUUAGCCAACAUGUGGACUGGACUCCACGUACUGCAGAAUAACUUAUUGAAAACAUGGCUCUGUCUCCACUGUAGUGUAGCUUUGUUUGUUUGUCGUGUCUCGUCAUUGUUGUCCACCCAGAUAUAGUAGUUAGCUUCUCCUAACAACCACUAUCUUGGAACAAGGGAUGAUAGUGUUUGAUGAAAUGACGGAGCAGGGACAGACGUCGUGUGUAUCACAAGGACAUAACUACAUACAGGUCAUGUAAAGCACAACAGUUUGAUGUUGAUUGGAUUCGAUGAGAAAUGAAGAGUCCUAAGGAGAGAGGAGGAUGACUGAGCACUGCAAGAUACUUCAGAGUAGCCGUGGAUUUACAACUAAUUAUGUUAUUCUAACUUAAAUCAGACAUGUAAAUGUGCUUUGACACAUCCUCAUACUAAAGGGAAUGGUUUGCGGUUAUCUUGUUACAUGAUGUUGUUUCCCCAUAAACAAAUGUAUUUAACAGAAGGUGAUUUGGUUUUUCCCGAAAGCAGUAGGUAAAUAAAGUAUCCAACAUGAUUCUGAAAGUCACUGUGUUAAGUGUAUAGAUAGAUAAGCUCUUCCAAGGCACAAAUGUUUUCAUGUUUUAUUUAAACGUAUAUCUUUUUGAUUUGCUCAGAACCCUGUAUAAGUAUUUGUUACAUGGUGGAAGUUGACUUUAUUUUCUUUAUUUUAUGUUUCAGUCCAACCACUGCAUCCCAUCUUAACUAAAACUUUAACAUGUCUCUACAUCAACUAUGUCACAUUGUUUGAUUGAAUCAAUUAGCAUACAAAACUUAUUUUCACCACAUACAGUGCCUUCAGUAUUCAUGCUCCUUGACAUACUCCACAUUUUGUUGUGUUAUAGCCUUAAUUGAAAAUGGAUUAAAUCAAUAUUUUGUCACCCAUCAACACCAUAAUGACAAAGUGAAAACAAGUAUUUUUAAUUUCUUGUGAUUUUAUUGAAAAUGAAAUAUCUAAAAACCCAUGAGUCAAUACAUAUUAGAAUGACCUUUAUCAGCGAUGACCACUGUGAGUCUUUCUGGGUAGGUUUCUAAGAGCUUUACACACCUGGAUUGUACAAUAUCUGCACAUUAUUUUUUUAAUUAUUCAAGCUCUGUCAAGUUGGUUGUUGAUCAUUGCAAUACAGUCAUUGUCAAGAACAGACUCAAUUCAUGCAUGUAGAGUCCAAGCCCCAACGUUCCACAGGAAUGCUGGCCUAUGUUGACUACAAUGCUUCCCAUAGUUGUGUCAAGUUGGCCGGAUGUCCGUUGGGAAGUGGAUCAUUCUUGAAUUACACAGGAAACUGAUGAGCAUGAAAAAACAAGCGCCAUUGCAGUUCUUUACACAAACCGGUUUGCCUAGCACCUACUACCAUACCCUGUUGAAAGACACUUACAUCUUUUAUCUUGCCCAUUCACCCUCUGAAUGGCACACCUAUACAAUCCAUGACUCCAUUGUCUCAAGGCUUAAACAUCCUUCUUUAACCUGUCUCUUCUCCUUCAUCUACGCUGGUUGAAGUGAGUUUAACAAGUGACAUCAAUAAGGGAUCAUAGCUUUCACCUGGAUUCACCUGGUCAGUCUAUAGAUAGAGCAGGUGUUCUUAACAUUUUGACACUCAUUGUAUAUGUGUUUUAGGUUAUUGUCCUACUGAAAGGUGAAUUUGUCUCCUAGUGUCUGUUGGAAGGUUUUCAUCUAGGAUUUUACCUGUGCCUAGCUCUAUUCAUUUUCUUUUAUCCCCCCAACAAUUCCCCAGUCUUUGCCGAUGACAAGCAGUUUCCUUCCUCUCUGGCAGCUGAGUUAGGAAGGACUCCUGUAUCUUCUCAGUGGCUGGGUGUAUUGAUACACCAUCCAAAGUGUAAUUAAUAACUUCACCAUGCUCAAAGGGACAUUCAAUGUCUGUUUUUUUUUGUAUCCUUCUACCAAUAGAAAACCUCCCUAGUCUUUUUGGUUGAAUCUGUGGUGUUUGAAAUUCACUGCUCGACCGAGGGACCUUACAAUUAUCUGUAUGUGUGGGGUACAGAGAUGAGGUAGUCUUUCAAAAAUAGUUUGUAAAAAUGUCUAAAAACAUAAUUCCACUUUGACAUUAUGUGGUACUGUGUGUAGUCCACCGACACACAAUCUAAAUGUAAUCUAUUUUACAUUCAGGAUGUAACACAACAAAAUGUGGAAAAAGUCAAAGGGUAUGAAUACUUUCUGAAGGUACUGUACAUAUAUAUUGAUAUACAGUAUAUCUACACUGUGAAAAAUUCUAUGAUAUAAGUUGAUCUAUUUGAGAAACCAUUGUGUAACAUGUCAUUAUAUGCCUGUAACUGUUACUUUAUGAUAACACCUACAUGUAACAUGUACAUGCUGGCAAACAGGACCAACUAACAGAGCAAAUGCUUUCCACUCUUAAGAAAAACACCACUGGUGUUGUAUGGAACAUGCAGGGUUCUAUUACAAUAUUUAGCAUACCACUACUGUACCAUCUGUCUAUGUCUGUUUGCCCAUGUGAGCCUGCAAAUGUACUUUCAAGCAUAUCUUACACUUCCAGCAAUACACACAUGUAUUUUGUUAUUGUCCAGGAGUAUAUCUGUUCUAUGUAUCUUUCCUUGAAUCACUACAUUACUCUGAGAGUAUGUACAUCGGGAGAUGUUUUUUUCUGACAUGUGUUUCUUAUGUAAGUCAGGAGAUGUUUCCUUUUGAAAUAUCUCACCACAGUGAGACAUCCAGAGACAGACAGAGAAUCUGGAAUGUACACACCUGUGAACAUAACAUAACCAUUGAAGAGUAAAUCCCAUGGUCCAACAGUAUGCCACUGUAUACUAAUUGCAUGUGAAUGCCAUUCUAGUCUACUUUUGUUUCUAUAACGAUGCAUUGUUUAAUGUUGUUUGUGAUGGUCUGCUCUUAGCUUAGAGGCAACACACAUUUACCUGUUACUGAGGUGUAAAGACACACAGAACGAGUUACUGGAAGUACGGCAUAAAUUAAGUACUCUGGUGUAUUCCACUGGCACUCAGAGAUACUCUUGUUUAUCUGGGCUGGAAAUCACUUUGGAUGCAAACAUCUAUACAGAUCUGUCAAUCACACAUAGUUACAGUAAAUAUAAAGUAUAUUACAAUGUAAUUCUCAUCAAACACAACAAUGCAACAUGGAUCAGUACACAUGGUCAGGUAGAAAGAGUAUACAUGAUCUCUCAAUUAUCUGUAUCAGUGUGGAUGUUGAGAUUCAGGUGGAACAGCCUAAGCAGAGUUUGAACCAGUGACAUACUGCCUACAGAGUCCAGACCUCUUACAACAGGUGCUAGUGGGCUCACAUAGUGAAGCAGUACAGAGGGUAUGUCUCUGUAUAGGGAUCAGUUCUUAAAGUGCCAUACCAGGUCCUAUUUUAGAGCCGGUAUUCUACAGUAUAAAAGGUGCUGAUUCUCUGUACCAUUCAUCUCCGUCCCACUUCAACCACUGGCAGGGCUGCUGAGUGUAAAUGAGGGAGUAAACUGCUGCUGCUGUGUAGACUGUGUUUGGUAUGAUGAUGAUGAUUACGAUGAUAAUGACGAUGAUGUAUUCUACUGUUCUAAUAAAAACAUCUUCCUAAAGCCUG